AUGGGUUGUAUAAGCUCAAAUCCAUCACCGACAACCAUACCAUCAAAUUCAAAUAUUCCCAAUUUUACUCUUGUUGCUCAACAAGUGAAACAAACAUGGCCUGAUGUAAAAAAAAUUGAUAGACUAGGAGCAAAAAUAUUUGCUUAUUUAUUGUACAAAUAUCCUGAAUUAAGAACGUCUUAUCAUAUACCUGAAGCAUAUAAAACUCAAGCUGAUUUAUUAAAUGCUAAUGAAAUCAAACAAGCAAGUGACAAUUUUAUUUCAUUAUAUUCGGAUAUAAUUGAAAAUAGUGAUACAAGAUUUAAUGAAAUAAUUCGAGAAAAAGCUGUUGAACUUUACGGACGAGGUAUUCGUACAUUUCAAGUUAAAUAUUACGGUGAAAGUCUUGUUCAUGUUAUUAAUUAUGAACUAAGAGAUGAAUUAAAUAUAGAAGAAAAGCAAGCUUGGCAAUUAUUUACUAAACACGUAUCAGAUUGUUUACUUUUGGAAAUAGCUAAAUUUCCUAGAAAAUCAAUAGUUUAA